CAGAGGAGGAACUAGGAAACACAUCCGCACAUUAACUAUAGUACAAACACGGGGAGACGACGAGCAAAGAAAACAAAGCACUUUCUGUUCAAAGGUGCACCUGAGUUGCCUUUUUGCCAUCUUGACAAAUCGGGGGGAAACGAGUAGAAACGCCGUUCACAAGGUGGACAGUCAGCUGCCUGGUUGCUCGUGGUAACCCUCCGCCAUGCCUUUCCCCUUUGGCAAGUCCCACAAGUCGCCGGCGGACAUCGUCAAGAACCUUAAGGACAGCAUGACGGUGCUCGAGAAGCAUGACAUCUCGGACAAAAAGGCGGAGAAGGCCACAGAGGAGGUGUCAAAGAGCUUGGUGGCCAUGAAGGAAAUCCUGUAUGGGACUAAUGAGAAAGAGCCCCAGACAGAAGCAGUGGCCCAGCUUGCCCAGGAGCUCUACAACAGCGGCCUGCUCAGCACCCUGGUAGCGGACCUGCAGCUCAUUGACUUUGAGGGUAAGAAAGAUGUGGCUCAGAUCUUCAACAACAUCCUGAGGCGUCAGAUUGGCACUCGGACACCCACGGUGGAGUACCUCUGCACCCAGCAGAAUAUACUCUUCAUGUUGCUUAAAGGGUAUGAAUCUCCAGAGAUUGCGCUAAACUGCGGCAUCAUGUUGAGAGAGUGCAUCAGACAUGAACCUCUGGCCAAGAUCACGCUGUGGUCCGAGCAGUUCUACGACUUCUUCAGAUAUGUGGAGAUGUCCACAUUCGACAUCGCCUCAGACGCAUUCGCCACUUUCAAAGACCUCCUCACAAGACACAAGCUACUGAGCGCAGAGUUUCUGGAGCAACAUUAUGACAAAUUCUUUAGUGAAUACGAGAAGUUACUCCACUCUGAAAACUACGUGACUAAAAGGCAGUCCCUCAAGUUACUGGGAGAGUUGCUUCUUGACCGGCACAAUUUCACCAUUAUGACGAAAUACAUCAGCAAGCCUGAGAAUCUCAAACUAAUGAUGAAUCUGCUACGGGACAAGAGCCGCAACAUCCAGUUUGAGGCUUUCCAUGUUUUUAAGGUAUUUGUGGCCAACCCCAACAAGACACAGCCCAUCCUGGACAUCCUGCUGAAGAACCAGACCAAACUCAUCGAGUUUCUUAGCAAGUUCCAGAACGACAGAACGGAGGAUGAACAGUUCAAUGACGAAAAGACAUACCUGGUCAAACAGAUCAGGGACCUCAAGAGGCCUGCCCCCCAGGAGGCCUGAGGCAGGGUGCAGAGGUGGGAGGGGGGGGUGCCACCAGGACCAUGUCUGGAACAACAUCCAGACAACGUCUGCUUAACGGACCCAUCAGCAGCUGCUGUUCUGGUUUCUGAACAAAAAUCGAGGAAACAAAUGAAAAACAAACGUACCCAUAUCAACUGAUCAGGAAGUCGCCAGCUCCUCUUCUCCUCAGUGAACAUUUGAUUUCUUUUUCUUUUUUUCCUUUUCCAGUCUUUCUCCUUCAAAAAGAAACAAGAGAAAAAUAAUAGAUGCUGCUGCUUUCUUGCACAUUGAAAUAUGUAAGGUAUAUUCUAAUGACACAACAGUCCAUCAAACGUAGUGACAUUCGUGCAUUAAAACUAAGGCAGACUUCCUGAUAGAUGCACACACUGAGGAACAAAAGACACACGUGUACACGCAUAUAUGUAUUACAUUAAAAAAACAAAACAUGCAUACACACAUACUGCAAGAAUAUCAGCUAAAAAAAACAAACUUGUGACGGAAAUGGUACGAGCGAGUUGAACAUUGGUGUGUUUGUUGCAUGCCUUGAAAUGUGACAGAUCCAUGGCUGUACCCCGGCGUCGGGUCUGUGAUGGCCUGCCCAGUCUGGCUCCCGUGUUCAGUGCCACAGACUCAGAAAUGCACGUUCAUCACGGCAACCCGCUGCAGUUUGCAUCUUUAUGCCUUCAUCCUAUAAAGCGACGGUGGUUCAUUUUUUACUGAUUUGGUGGGGACGAGCUCUCAGAUGCCAUCACAGAACCAUUUACCUCCUGUGUGCUUUGUUACGACACAGCACUUAAAGCACACGAGGGGAAAAAAAGGAGGGAGGGAUGCAAGGUAUGAAUUCGGUAAUGCCAGAGUUGGGUCUCUUUGUUGUUUUCUGGGAUAGGGUGAACAUGUACAUAUGCCUUUUUUUUUUUUUUUUUUUUUGCUUUGUAGAUUUUUGUUUAACCUUGACAUAUGAAUAUAUAUUAUAUAUAUUACCUUAAACAUCACGUUUUUGGUUAAUUGUAAUCAAAUUACAUUCUAAACCAUAAGAGAAACAACAAAAAAGUUAAGUGACAUUGUUUUGGGUUUUUUUGCAUUUCAUUUUACUGCUGAAAUGGUUGCUGGUGGGUUUCUUUGUACAUAACUUAAAGGGCCAGCUCACAUUUAGCUAACCUAUAGGAUAUUAACAAUUUGUACAGCGGAGGAAAGUCAUGGUAUUAGCUCUGGAUCUGUUAAUCCUCUUUUUAUUCUCCAUCUGCAUUUUUGAGCAUCUUUGAGACUGCUAAACAUGUGCAGGGGGGUGUGUGGAUGGAACAGCGCAGGAGGAGAAGGAGGGAGAGGGAAGAGAUCGGGAGAGCAUUAACAAAAAAAACAUUAAAGCCUGUGUGUUUGCGCACUUUGUGAGAUGCUGAGCGAUCAACAUCAUCUAACUGGAGUCGAGGACAGCGGGGGGUUAGGGGUGGGGUUUCCCCCCACUCCUCAAUUUCAUCCUUCUUCAUUCUCACCAUGUUGCCGGUGGCCUGGGAGUGUUUACGUGGCCCCGGAGUGAGUGUGUUUCAGGGGUGAGCUUUUCAGGACAUCGGCAGCCCGGCACAUCAUUCUUACCCUCCCCCCUUCCUCCUUAUAUUUGAGCCUUUUAUCCAGAGGGUUUAUAAUUCCAGUACAAUUAUGAGCGUAAAGCAUUGUGGGUAGCAAAGUAUUUGUGAAUUGCAGUGAACAACCCAGUCCAUGUAACCAGACUUAUUUAUAGAUUCAAACAGGCAAAAUAUGAAACCAUCUCAGUGCAGAAGACGGCACUACUCAGAUAGGCCACAGUUCCUCCAUGCGCAUUGAACAUGCAUGAUCCUCCACUGGCUGUGCAUGAUGCUGUACUAAAGAUGUUGUACUGGAAUUGUUUUUUUUUUCUAAGUAUUUAACAACAUUAAAAAUGUCAAAUUGAACUCUUAGCUAUAUGGCUGUAUGCUGACUUUGACUCCAGUUUCAGCAUAGAGCGUGUGGGUGCUUGCAGAAGUGUCAAAAGGCCUGGGCCCUACAAUUGAAAUAAAGAAAAAAAAAACAUUUGGAAUAAAA